UUCUUGAUUUAUCCUAUCGUUGGCAGUUUUUCUCUAAAAUAUAAGAGGUUUCGGUGGUUAUAUCAGAAGGUGUCCAGUUAGCUAGUGCAGUUUUGACCAGUCUUUGAAAAUGGCCACAGAGCCUGGGCGAGUACUGAAACCUGUAAACAACUUUAGCAGCACAGAUGUACAGUCAGUCAAACCAGGUACAACAGCUGAGAUACAGGCCAAGGAAAACACCUGCACACAACCAGAAAGGAAAAAAUGGUGUUUGCAGGAUUUUGAUAUAGGAAGACCAUUAGGUAAAGGAAAGUUUGGGAAUGUAUAUCUGGCCAGAGAGAAAUCGACCAAAUAUGUUGUAGCAAUAAAGGUUCUGUUCAAGUCACAAUUACAGAAAGCUGGUGUUGAGCAUCAGCUUCGAAGGGAGAUAGAAAUACAGUCCCAUUUGAGCCAUCCCCACAUCCUGCGAUUAUUUCAAUACUUUCAUGACAAAACCCGUGUCUACUUGGUCCUGGAGUAUGCACCCAAGGGCGAGCUUUACAAGGAGCUGAUGAAGAACACAAGAUUUGAUGAGAAGCGAACAGCUACAUACAUGUACCAGAUGACCAGUGCAUUGCUGUAUUGUCACAGUAAAAAGGUCAUCCACCGAGAUAUCAAACCAGAAAACCUCCUCCUCGGACUCACAGGGGACCUCAAAAUAGCUGACUUUGGCUGGUCAGUCCAUGCUCCUUCAUCCAGGAGGACCACAUUAUGUGGCACCUUAGAUUACCUACCGCCAGAAAUGAUCGAAGGCAAACUUCACGACGAGAAGGUGGAUCUGUGGAGCCUUGGUGUGCUAUGUUACGAGUUCCUUGUGGGAAAGCCUCCAUUUGAGGCAGAGACUAACUCUGACACAUACAGACGGAUAACAAAAGUGGAUCUUCAAUUCCCACCAUAUGUAUCUCCUCCAGCUAGAAACCUGAUCAGUUCGAUGUUGAAACAUGACCCCAGUCAGCGAAUUACUCUAGAAAAAGUACUGGAACACCCCUGGAUUAAAGAAAACCAGCGUCCCACAGCGCCAUAGUCUGGUUUACAGUUGUAGCAUUUUGUGAUCAUCUUCAUGGAAGAUAAAUUGUGUGCUCUCUGAUAUUGGAGAAUCACGCCGACUUUACAUCCAAACCAGCCAUUCAUUCAAGAUGCAAGGACCACAGACACU